CGGAUGAGGUUCUCUAUCGAGAGUGCCUGAAGAACCACGCCGCCAGCCUCGGCGGCCACGCGCUGGACGGCUGCGGAGAAUUCAUGCCGUCGCUAACUGCUAACCCUGCCGACCCAACCUCCCUCAGAUGCGCGGCAUGCGGAUGUCAUAGAAAUUUUCACCGCCGGAUCGCCAUCCGCCACCGCGCGGCGGGCGCCGCGGCUUCCGGAGACGAUAGCCUUGAAGGAGAGGGCGAGCGCGACGGGCAGGAAGAUGAUGGCGAUGACGCCGAUGUGAACGAUUCUCGGCCAAGAAGCCCUAGCCCUACCCCACCUACAUACUUCUCUUCGGCUCCGCACAUGCUACUUGCUCUAAGCAACGGCGUACGGGAUGGGGAUUCGCCUGCAGUUGCCAGAAAAUCCUUCGCCAUCCCGACCCCCGUGGUUUCGUUGACGCCUCUAAGGAAGCGAUUUCGGACCAAAUUUAGCCCGGAGCAGAAGGACAGAAUGCUGGAGCUCUCUGAGAGACUUGGAUGGCGGCUACAGAAAAGAGAUGAAGAGUUAGUCGAAAAGUACUGCAGUGAAAUUGGAGUCGGAAAGGGGGUUUUCAAGGUAUGGAUGCACAAUAACAAGCACCAUUUGUUUGGGCAUUCGAGCUCUCGUAGGGGAGAAACGAUGGGUGGUGUUUCUCCUCCCGCCGCUGCGGCCGCCGCUUUAACUGGCGGUGGUGCGGGAGUGCUAAAGUUCGAUGAAAAUGGCAAUGCGAUGAAUGGUGCUUGUUGAAGAAAACCUCAGUUUUAUGACUUUGUUUUGCAUGUUAAUGCUGCUCAUAUUAUUGAAUUAGCUUCCUAGUGAUUCAGAUAGGAUUAGGAAGAAAGGUUCUGAGAGAGAAUGCCCACUGAGGUAGGGAUUGACUCACAAGGGAUCAAGGAUUUAAAUGAUUUCAUUAUGAUAAUUUUCUUUUAUGAUUGUUUUAAUGUGAAGAGGCAAAUGAUUAAUUGCCUCUGAUUUUGGGCGUCAUAUUAGUCCUCCAUUCAUUUCUAAGUGUUUUCGUUAGUUUUCUACGUAGACUUUUCUUGCUCUGCAGGGAGAGAACACCUCUAUAAAGUUCAACAACUUGUGAAUGUUUAGGCUAUGUUUUUAUCCUCGUCUUACUGCAGUGAGCACUGGGAAGCCAAAGGGAAGA